UAAAAAAACUCUCAGGAAAGCCCAAUAUCAGGAUAAUUUGUUGCUUCCUGCACAAAGACGUGCAUUCACUGAACGUCAUCUGAUGCCCUCAGCUGCAGAAGAAGGAGGCUCUAAUAUAGUGUCCUGAAAACACCAGCUCUACAGCAUAAGCACAUUAUUCAGAAUGCAAUGGAAGAACAGGACACAAGUGUUUAUCCUGAUAGGCUUUCCUGGAAGUGUUGGAUUGCAGACGUCAUUGUUUAUUCUUUUCCUGAUUAUGUAUGCACUGACAGUAAUGGAAAAUAUGGUUAUCAUUCAACUAGUCUGGUGGAAUGUCAAGCUUCAUAAGCCUAUGUAUCUCUUUCUGGGCAAUCUUUCUUUCUUAGAGAUCUGGUAUGUCUCAGUCACUGUACCCAAGAUGCUUGUCGGCUUUUUGACCAAGGAGGGAAAGAUCUCUUUCACAGGUUGUAUGGCACAGCUGUACUUCUUCCUGGCUCUAGCAUGUACAGAGUGUGUCCUCCUAGCUGUUAUGGCCUAUGACCGCUAUGUCGCCAUCUGCAACCCACUGCGCUACCCAGCCAUUAUGAGUCGAGACUUUUGUGUUCGUCUAGCAGCUGGUUCAUGGCUGAGUGGCUUUUCCAUAGCCAUGGGGAAGGUCUUCUUCAUCUCACGUGUGAGCUACUGUGGACCCAAUAUCAUCAACCACUUCUUCUGUGAUGUCUCCCCACUUCUCAAUCUGGCCUGCACUGAUAUGUCUCUGGCUGAGCUCAUGGACUUCCUUCUUGCUUUACUCAUUCUUCUUGGCCCUUUAGGUGCAACAAUUGCCUCCUACUUCUGUAUCAUCUCCACAGUCCUACGUAUUCCUUCAGUCAAAGGGAAGCAAAAGGCUUUUUCCACGUGUGCAUCACACCUUCUUGUAGUCACAAUUUUCUAUGCUGCCUCUCUUUUCAUCUAUGCCAGGCCCAGGGCUCUCACCUCUUUUGACUCCAACAAGCUGGUAUCUGUUAUCUACACCGUACUAACACCACUUCUCAACCCUGUCAUUUACUGCUUGAGGAAUAAAGAAUUUAAGGAUGCCCUAAGCAAAACAUUACAUGGAGCGAGGCAUUUAGCCUUUUAAUGUAAGAGACUUGGAGGCAAGUCUCACGAUCAAGAAGAACCGCCUUGAGAAGGUUAGCAGGGAGAGUGGGCUUAGCCCGCUCUCCCUGCACACGAGCAGUCAGUCUGCUCUGGGCGGCUGCUUGGCUGUGAGCCCGGUGGUUCUCACGAUAGGUUUCCUAGAUUUGCUUACCCAAAUGGAGGUUUGAGCCCGGUGGUUCUCACGGUGUGUUUCCUAGAUUUGCUUACCCAAAUGAAGCUUCUGUUUGUGUGCUGUUAAUGGGAUACAAGCUCUCUCACCUCCAAACAAAUGUUUGUGUUACCUGACCUAUUAUGUGUUAGAAAUAAAUAAUAUGUUAUUGGCUAAGCCUUCAA